AUGGCAGACAACGAUCAGAAGUCCGAAGGCAACGGAAGUGUCGAGUCCAAGCUCUUAAACGUCGAGGUUGAGCGAAACGACGAGAAGAAGACACCAGCCGCACCGAAAUUGGUCACAAUGGACAACGCGACACCGGAGCAAAGGGCCAACUUUGAGUCUUGGAUGGACGGUUGGGACCAGUGGAGACGUUGUUUUAGUCACUUCUUCGAGCUGACGGCUAUGCAAGCCACGGCGACGCUGUGGUUUCUGCUGGGUCGUCGGGCGGCAGGUGCAUUUCCGCGUGAUCAGGACGAGGCAGAUUUUAUGAUCCCCAUAUUCUGCAAGAGCACUGCCGAGGUGUCGUUCGUCAUAGUAAAAGCCACAGAAACGACUGGGAAUUUGUCCAGUCUGCUCUCGAAAGACUCACUCCUGGAUGCGUGUUCCAAGAGGAUGGAGAUGAGAAUGACAAACACGAGUUGGCUGAGGUCUUGCCUCGCAACAUGA